GGUGUACACCGGACCGAAUUUCAGUGCGCACACACUUCCUGAUGGAGAACAAAAAUACACUCUUAGCAAGCCAGCUAGACGAGUUGUGAAAAAGUUAUGUCUGCCUGUCAAAUGGAUACAGAAAGACUAUUUUUAAAGCAUGAAUGCUAUUCCUAGUCUUUCCGUUCAUGAAUAGAAGGAAAUAUCCCCAUGUCCAGAGAGCCGGGGCCGGCGACGACUCAACUGCGAACGGUUGGAUUGAAGCUAAAUCCCGGUAGCUAGCGUUAGCAUCCAGGCCAGCAGGCUAACGUAGGCUAACUAGAAAACACACUGCAGGUCUUUGAAAGAUGAAGAGUCCGACUGUGCCAAUUAAAGAGGGUUGUUUAAUUGUAUUGAAAGUCGAAUUUCACUAUGAUAAAAAGCCAACUUUGUUUACUUUGAAGUGUUAGUAAUAGCAGAUAGUAGGUUUAGCUCCGCGGUUAGCCAGCUGGCAGAGAGCUUCAGACGAGGUGACAGAGAGCUAAAGUAAAGCUGUUUUAUCCUGUUUGACAGCUCACGACAGAGUCUUAAUCAUUCAUUGUGUGAUUCGGUGUUAAGUGAAGUUAAUUCAUCACUUUUCGCUUUUUGAUGGGGUUAGAUUGAGCCCGUCCUGCGCCUCCUGUAGCCCUGUUUACUUCAGAUGACUUGUUGGACUUGAUUGUUUUUCUCUCUCAUUAUUUGUAGUAACUUACUGGCUGACUUUAGCUAGUAAUGUCUCUGUCGUUACCAUCCGCCGAUAUACUGGAAACACCACCUGGAUACCCGUUUGAGGAAAUCAACUAUGAUGAUAUUGAAGUUGAGGAGGUGAGUGAUGGGUUUUUAUUGGUUUCAACAAAUGUUUAUAAGAUCAGCUGGCGCUGACUGUCUUAUGUCUUAUGUCUUAUGUUUCCAUCCUUAGGUGGUGGGCAGAGGAGCCUUCGGGGUCGUUUGCCGAGCCAAAUGGAAAGGCAAAGAUGUUGCAAUCAAGACCAUUGAGAGUGAAUCUGAGAGGAAAGCCUUCAUAGUUGAGGUGUGGAUGAUAAACUGUUUGUAUUAAAAAGUCUUUUCAGAAACAAGUUACAUGCUGUUCAAAAUGAGGCAAACACCAGUUUAAGGGAUAUUCUGGCGUAAAAUUAAUUUAGGGUCAAACACACCAUAACACAGAGUUAUUAUGAUGCAGUGAUUUUCACUACAGAGUCAUGUCCUUUUUUAAUGCAGUGCUGCCAAAGGACCUUAAGAUCAGGGCCAUGAAGUUUUGGUUUUGGCCCUUGUUCCCUUUUUACAGAGAUUUCUCUGGAUGCUCUUGGUCUUUAAAUGAUAUUACAGGGCUUGACACUAACUUUUUUUGACAAGGAGCACAUGUGCUCCUAAGUUGAAAAAGUAAGCACACAAAGAACUAUUGGGGCACAAUGAAAAUUGAUCGAAUAAUGUCUGUCUUAUUGAUCGACACAAGUACUGUUAUUUGUAAUCAAGUUUAGGCUAAUUGGUCAUGUGACAUGGAAGCUAUUGAGGGAAAACAGCCUUUUCUAAGAUCAUCAACCUGUAAUUUGUUAAUGGUCCCUUAAUCAACACCCAACAUUGACAGCGAGGGUGCCGAGUAGAUUUAACCGCACUGCUGUUGCAAUUGCCGGUUAUGGAGAGUGAGAAGACACCUGUAGCUCCACAGUGAAUGUCCGUCGAAUAUCAAACCUAAAACUAACCUCACCGCGGUAUUUACAUGAAAAAAAUUUGUUGCCUCGGCUGACAUUUUUAAUGCGCACAUGUGCCCCUAAAUACUUUUUACAAUUCGCACACAUUUAUUUUUAGUCGCAAAUUCGAGUGAAACGGUUGCACUGUCGAGCCCUGUAUUAUGUACUGUAGAUGGUGAAAUUCACUCAUUCUUUGACAUUUUAUACUCAGGAGAAUUAUUCGGUGAUCGUCGAAACGUCUUCCUAUCUUUCAUUGAGAUUCAGCCUCUGUGUUUUGAUGUCCCUUUCCCAACUUUUUGAUUUUAAAUUUACAUUUUAUUUUUCAUUUUUUUUUAUUGAUGUCAUUUUGCUGUAUUUUCCAUUAAAUAUAGGUUUUUAAUGAUUCAAAAUCAAAAUCAGUUUUUAUCCAUUAUUUACACUGUGUCCUAACUCUUAUUUAAUUUAAGUAGUAUGUAAUAGCACUCUCAGACAUUGUUUGAACUAGUUUUUGUAACCGCAGUGCUCAGUCAAUGUUUAAUAACACAGUUUUGUUUGUGUCGUCAAGUAACAGAGCAGACAGCUGGUAUUGGCAGACUGGCUGACAAAUAUUUGUGCACUUGAGGUGUUGAACAUCAUGCAUGUGGAUGGUAUCAAGUAAAGUGUUUCCUCUUUGUCCACAGCUCAGGCAGCUUUCACGUGUGAAUCACCCCAACAUUGUGAAGCUGUAUGGCUCUUGUCAUAGUCCGGUAAGUUUGAACUGUAAUAUUGUUAUAUACAUCAAUAAAACAGCUGUCUUACUUAUCACAGAGCUGAGUUAAAUACUUGAUUCUGAUUGAGCAAAAAAAAAAAACAUUAGAGCUGUGAAUAAUUCUGAGUUACAGCAUAUAAAAUCAAUCAGUGAAAAGAAGUCCAGCUCAUUUAUUCCGUGAUUUUACCACUAUCCAAAAAACUAAACAAAACAUGAUUUUCUUACAGCAUCUUACAGGACAGCAGGCUGAUAUUAAGACUCUGUAUGGGGUACUGUGAAUAUAGAUGUCCACUUUAAUGUUAUUUCAACCUGCAAGCAAGAGAAUCCCAUUGCCAUAGAGCAGUGAUUCUCAAGUCCAGUCCUCAAGGCCCACUGUCCUGCAUGUUUCCCUGCUCCAACACACCUGAUUCAAAUGAUUAGCUCGUUAGUAAGCCAUUACAGAGCUUGAUAACAAGCUGAUCAUUUUAAUCAGGUGUGUUGGAAACAUCCAGGACAGUGGGCCUCGAGGACUGGACUUGAGAACCACUGUCAUAGAGUCAUUGAGCAAUGUGCCCAAGCAUCUUUCACUUGUGCCUGGGAGGAGGUGGUCUUCAGCCCUGUAUCAUUUCCCAUGCAUGAGCACAAGCAGAGGAAUGAAACGUGGACAUGAUGAAUUAUCAGUUUAAUUAGUUUUCUUGACAAUCAUGUAAAACAUUGACAUCAAAAAGUUUAUGUAUAUGACCAAAAUGACUCAAAAUAAGCCGCCAAGUUGGUGGAGUUGUAGUCCAAGCUUGUUUGCUGUUGCACCGAGUCUGAGAUAGUCGUCUAAGGAUGCCACAAGGUGACAUAGAGCCAAGUUGUAUGACAAGGUGAUGGCAUUUUUUCAAGAGGUAACCAUGCUCAGGCCCAUUUGCAGUGUGAGUGGGGGCCUGAGAAGGAUGGAUGAUCAUGCUUUCAGUACAGUUUGGGGACAUCUGCGCCUGGUGUGGGUGAACCAUAAUUCUAUAGUGGGGUUAUAAGCGAUAUGUAUAGUGAGCAUGUGGUUAUGUGAAAUAGAAACUCCUCAGAGUAGACGUGACCCCUUGUGUGUUUGUAUGGUAAGACCCCAUAAUAUGCAGAACCAGGAUUCAUGUUCCCCCUUGCUAAUACAGUCAAAGAUAAGUAGUGAUAUGUUGUAACACACUUUUCUGUCUGGCAAGCUUCACAUGAUUUCUCUCCCUCUCAGGUCUGCCUUGUGAUGGAGUAUGCUGAAGGAGGGUCCUUGUACAACGGUGAGUCUUCAAAACAAUCUUGUUUUAUUAUACAUGAAGGCAUCUGCUCCACUUUGCCAGAAGUGAAAUAAACACAGCCUUGCUCAGACAUGAGAAGCUUCCCUGUUUAGUUGACCCCCCCUCACUGUCUGCAUGUUCGGUCACUUGUCCAGUUCCUGUAUGUGGUAGUCUCUGCUCAGUGAUAUGCGGUACAGCCUUGUGAGCCCCCCGACCGGAAAAAAGUAGGUGUCACAAACACCACGACGAAGUGCUGCUUUAAUGACUUUAUACAGAUACACACUGAAUGUUCCAGCACUGUGGAACUUGACUGUCACCUUAUCCUCAGUGAGUACGCUGCUGAGAGAGAGGUGUAACUUAAUGGAUAAGGACCACUUAAGCUCGCCACACAAGAAUAUAAGUGCAUCACUCCCACAGCUGAAGAUAGUUGGCACUUUGUUUCUUCUUGUCUCAAAUUUGACCCUUGUUCAAUGUUUUUAAGUGCAGCUCGUGAGUCAGCUGAUGAAGCAACAGAGCUGAGCUUUAGUGUUGGAAAUACAAGCUGUGAAAUGAUCGUAAGGUUGAUGUAAAAAAAAAAAAGGUUCAGUCUCAAAGAGUGAUCUGCUGUUUUGAAACCUGAACCUUGUUUUGCACAUUUUGAGUCUAUGUGGCUGAGAGGUUGAAAAGCUUUGGAUUCGCAGCAGUAGAUCCCCACUGAGGUGACCUUUUUACAAGGAAGAGGAUUUUUUUUAACAAGAAAGAGCCGUUUCAUCCCCACCCCUCUAAAAACAGUCAAACUGUGUCGACAAAAACAGAGAUUAAUGUUUCAGAGCGUUGAAGUUCCUGCCUCUGUCUGUUUAUUUUUAUCUGUUAUUGUAGAGUCAAACUGGCGUAUUAAAUGGUCAGUUCAGAUAAAGCAUAAACACAUAUAACACACACAGAAAAAAAUACAGUUGUGACAGUUGUACCCUAGCAACCCCUGCUACAGCAAAGUGAAAUCUAUGCCUUUGUCAAAGAGACCGGUACAUGUGAAAAGGGCGAUGUAAAUAAAAUAACUAAAAGAAAUAUUGCAUCUGCUAACAAAAAGACAGGGAUGUCACAUACAAAGUUGUCUAACUUUUCAAAACAACACAUUACUAAGAAUUAAUCUCACAAGUUGUUUAUAUUGGACUGUUGAGACAUGCGGUCAGAAUCCUCCUGAAGGUGAAAAACAAGUAUGCAUGAGAGUUUGAUACCUUGAGUUGGACUUGUACCUGUUUUCUCCACAUGUUCGUGAAUGGAGUCAUCUCACGAGGUUCAUUUGACAAGUUUCUCCAGGAGCUGAUUCCCACAGUUUGGGAGUCUCUGCUGUGCUUUACAGUUCAUGAUUACCUCUUCUCUCUUGUUACUGAAUCUCGAUCAAAGUUACUUUACGGUGCCUUAACUUUGAUGUGAUUCAGUGGAGUUGUUAGUGUUGUUAUUGAACGGUGUAUCUCAGUUUGUCCUCCUGGAAAUUAACUUGUUAAAGGAGCUGUAGGAGACAGGUAGCCAGCCCUGUGUAUGUGGUGUGUAUGUUUAUUGUGUGUGUGUGUAUGUGUGUGUGUGUGUGUGACAGCCUGGUUCCUGUGGAGGUUUAUUGUCCGUGCUGGUGGUUGUGACUGUACUCUCUUGUCCACAGUGCUGCAUGGUGCUGAACCCCUCCCUUAUUACACUGCCUCCCAUGCCAUGAGCUGGUGUUUACAGUGUUCCCAGGGCGUGGCCUAUCUCCAUGGCAUGAAACCAAAGGCUCUCAUUCACAGGGACCUCAAGCCACCCAAGUAUGCACCUCCUCACCUCACACUCUCUUGUUUCCUUGUUUCCUUGUUUCACUGUGCCAACCAAGCGUCUUCUGAUUUCCUGUGACUGAUUUUAGUUUGUGUUUACUUUCAUUUUAACACUCAAAUGCUUUCAAAAUGAGCAAAAGCACCCUUCUUCUGUUUCAGAAUAAGAUGCAGGAUUUUUUCCUUUAGUUGUUUCAUGCAAAAUCAAAACCCUCUCUUUCGUAACUGCUCACUCAAGUUAUCAUUAUGCCUCAGUCAGGAUUGGAAAUUGGCACCCAGCACCCACUAAAUGUUGGUAUUUGUUUUUGUGGUUGAUUCAUGUCAGAAAACAUCAAUGAUUCCUGCUGUGAUGCUUCAGAGCAGACCUAAACUGGCCGACCAAAGAGGACCGUAUCCUCUUCACGUCACAGCAGAUCAUUAUGUUCACAGUCGUUGAGUAAACUCUCCUACUCCUCUCCAAGUUUAUAACAGCAACAUUAGGUGGAUGUUCUGGCUUGAAGCACAUCUCCUUUGGGUCUGUCUUGGGCUUUGACAUUAACCAUGUAUAGGUAUGGGAAUCGAGAAGAUUUUAUUGAUACCAAUACCAUUAUCAAUACCAUUGAUCUCUGCGUUAUGAGAAAGGCAUCCAAUGCCGUUUUUCUGUGUCAACACAAAUUACCUCUACUGCUCUGGCGAGACAGCGAAGCCUGGUUGCAGAUGCAGCCUCUGAUUGGUUAACAGACAAGAACAAAGAUGGUAGUCUUCAAGUAACAUUGUGAGCUAAUACCCAAUAUUAUCCACUACAUCACUAAAAUUGAUACAUAAAUAGUCACAGUCUCCGACACUGAUCUUCUGUGUGGGUUAGAAAAGCUCCUGGAUGUUGCAGAAACACACAGAGUUUAUCGCUGAAAAAUUGCCGGUCUCACGAAGCGAGUGGACUUAACUUUAAGUCUGUUACCGUGCUGUUUAGUUUUUAGAGCUAUUAUUACAAAUACAACAAUGAUUAGUUAUAUAAAACAGCUUUAGGGACGCUCCUGUCUCCAGCCUCUUAUGAUGCAUCACAUCAUUGUUUUGCAAGGCAUGCAGAACUAAGAGGAAGAUAUCAAUAAUUGAGCCGUAAAGCAUAAAGACACAUGAUGUGGAUGGUUCCAACUAUUUGGAACUGGAGCCGGUUUUGGAUCUCCAUCUCUUGCUAUGUGGCUGCUGGAGUCCAAAAGUACCUGAGUCCUAAAGUUACUGUCUGUGAAAGUGUGUUUUUUUGACCACCUUAGUCAAUUGUACACGAUCACACCUGUUCAGAUAAAUAAGAAUAAGAAGAACUUUAUUUAUCCCUGAAGGGAAAUUCAGUAGCUGCCGAGAAACACUUAAUUCAACUGUGAGCCUCACAUAGACCAAAUAGGAACAUUGCUGUGACUCUCAGUAAGAAGCAUAAUAAAUAUAUUCAAAAUGGUCUUGCACACUCCUCGAGGAGAUUCAUAUCGAUUUCAGGACUGUCUCAAAAAGUGUUCAGUGCUUUAAUCUCGGUAUAAUGAUGCAAUGAAGCAUCAGACACUGAGUGUUUCUGCAGAAAAAUGCUGGGUGUCUGAUUUAAAAGCUGAAGCUAAUAAAUGGGCAUGAGAGAUUCAAGCCCUCUUUGAAGUUUGAAGUACUUUCUCAUGAUGCUAUAAACUUCUAUAUAGUGUUCAGAUGUCUGAUGAAGUCCCUUAUUUGAACUGGACUUUAGAGGAUCUCUUCGUGUAAUCUCGACAGAACAUAAAGCAGCAUGGGCCGUCGCUGCAGUCCUGUGCAUUUAUUUAAAGCAGCGCUGUGUUAUCAGCCUAAACACCCGGUAACAUGGUGAUACUGAGGCUUGUUUACUGUGCCGGAGAGACAGCUCCUGGCAGGACUCUGUGGGAAUGAUCAGCUGCUCCGUUUCCUAGAGGACUGUUGUGGAGUUUCUAGGAAUAACAAGGCCUUGCAUCGUGACAAACUGUCAACUCUGGGUUAUCGUGCAGGAAACUAUUUCUCCACUCAGUUUAACGACUAUAAUCAGAGCAAGUUGCUGGCCUUUACUUACAACGCUGUUCUCUGUGAUGUGGUUGUAUAAAAAAAGUGCUUAUAUAGAUCAAAUGUAUGUGACACUGUUCAGGGAUCUCUAUUUUAAAGAAGGGUUAAAUUAGGUCUUUCUCAAAAGUUAUAGGACAAGUUUAUUUAGUUUCAUCAUGUAGCAUGCUAAAAGUUUGCUCCACUGGUCAACAUAAAGAGAAGAGUUAGAAAAAAGAGAUGAGGAGGGAAAAAGAUGAAGUGUUAUAAAGUCAAAGUUUGAAGGUGAAAGACUACAAAUGUAACAUGCUCAUUUUAUUCACACCUGCUGUGGCUUUAAACUCACACAUUGUGGCGCAAACUGUUGACCAUUAAGUUGAACGUCACCAUGCCUUCUCAUAUAAUGCUCAGUCAUUACAUACUUCUGCCAUAAAAACCAAGUUCAUCAAAAGCAAGUUCAAGUUCUUUCCAACUGUUUUUUUUUUCUUGCAAUUACACUGACCAAUCAAAAGUCCCCUAAUAUGAGUAAGCCUCAAACUAUCUUAUGAAAUACUUAUCAUGUUAAAGGGUACGACAAGUUUGAUAUCUUCUUUUGAGAUAUCAAAAUUAUUUUUUAGGUCUGCAUCAGUUCUUGCCAGUUUCAUUUUUAAAAUUCAUAACCCUCUGGUGACACUAAAAUAUUAGGGCCUCUAAAACAGAAACUUUUCAAAACACUGCAACAAGUUUCAGCUUAAACGAGAAGGAAUGGAGACUUUAAACAACCAUGCAGAAUGGUGGUCAACCAGUGUGGGUUUCUUAAUGGCCAAUACAGAUGCAGAUAUUUACAGAACUGGUCUGCUGAUGGACGAUAUGUAAUGUCGAUAUUACCUUGUCAUUUUUUAAUGCGUUCAUUUAAUAAAACGAAUACAUAAUAAUGAUAACACCCAUCGUUUCAUGCAUGUUAACGUAUCCAGAAACAUGUUUCAGACAGAUUUUGAAUUGAUAAUUAAAGGCAUGGUUGACAAUCUGAGAAGCAGUUGAAAAGAGGCAGAUUUGAAAAAGUGCCCCCCCACACACACACACACACACACACACACAAACCUCUCCCCUCUGUGCCCCCUGAACCUGUAUCACACUUUUGGACCAUGAUCGCCAUAUAAACGAGGUUCAUUUUAUGACCUAUCUCUCCAAUCGUCAACCAUGCCUUUAAGUAACAGAAAAUUAUAUUGGGGUUGGCUGUCAUUUAACGUGAUGUAAUUCGAUGUGAUGUUGAUGUUGCAACAUUAAGUAAACAAAAAAUAAAUCAAGUAAUGUUGAUUUUGAAGUUAGCGUAGAGUUUUUAGUGAUAUCAGAGUCAAAAUCAAAAUCUAUCACAUUGGCCAGGUAUGUAGGUGCACUAGGAUGAAACAGUAUUCAACUAUUACUGCCACGCCUCAUCUUCCUGAAUAUUUUUCAAAUGGAGAAAUCAAAGGGAUCCUAACAGUCUGAAAAUUACUGUUUGCCUAAAUGAAGUAGAUGCAGCUUUAUGAAUAAGUUUGAACUCUGUAGGUUCCAAUCACUUUCAGUUUCUAACAGCGUUAAUCCUUCUUUCUUUGUUCCAGUCUGCUUCUGGUAGCAGGCGGCACUGUGCUGAAGAUAUGCGACUUUGGAACAGCAUGCGACAUUCAGACUCACAUGACCAACAACAAAGGAAGUGCAGCGUGGAUGGCCCCGGAGGUAUUCGAAGGCAAGUAUGAGCGGCAUUCCAAGUAGCUGAAGAGCUUUGGAUACCUUUCCUGUCAGAUGGUUUUUAGCUAAAAAGUCUUCAUGUGUAUCCCCUUUAAUUUCUUUAAAUCCCCUCAAAGAUCCAGCUCUACUGUUCCUUCACGUUCCUUCAUGCACCCAACUUUGUUCUGUCACAUUUCACAGUAAUAGCAGCUUAGCGCUCCCAGCAUGGAGGCAUUAAUUCCUGAUUCAUCAUCAGCGGCCUCACUCUGCUGCUUUAUUGAUAGUCGUCUCCCAAAGCAUGCUGGGAAGAUGAAUGGAGUGAUGCUGGUGGCUUUAUUUCCCUCGGGAGACAACGGUGUAGAAUUUGUGUUCUCAUUCAGCCUAAUGUAUUUCUACAUGAUGAGAGAUGUUCUCGGCAAAGAGGGUCAGGAGGAAAAAAUGAAUUAAGCUCUGGUCAUUAUCUUGUUUUUGGAGGCAAGUUACAAGCCUCCAGUGCAAUUACACAUCUCACUUCUGCCCUCUCCAUGAACUCCUUACAGCUAAUUUGCAUCAGAGUGAAAUGCAACCAGCACAUCUCAGCGCAGCAACUUGUAAUAGGUGUGUGAUGCGCACUUUCAAGCUGCAAUAAUAGGCUCGGUAAUUAAGCAACACAGGAGCUGUUUCUUGAUAAAAUUGCUCCCCUCUUUUCAUCCGUCUCUCUCCUGUGAAAGGGAAUAUGAGAUAAAAGCCGCCGUGCUUUCCCAGACACUCAUCUCAAACGUGCCACAGAGAAUUAGCCCCAUCAGUCAGUCAGGGAUGUCAAACAGAGCAUUUCUCUGGUUUGAAAAGGACUCUAAGUGUUGCUGUGUGUUCCUCUCCGACUCUCAGGCAGCAAUUACAGCGAGAAGUGUGAUGUGUUCAGCUGGGGGAUCAUUCUCUGGGAGGUGAUCACUCGCAGGAAGCCCUUUGAUGAAAUUGGAGGACCGGCUUUCCGCAUCAUGUGGGCUGUGCACAACGGUGAGUCACUGCCUGUGUAUGUGCACAUGUGCGUGUGUGUGUGUUUGUGUGUGUGCUGCAGGAUGCUAAGGCCAUGUCAAGUUUUCCAUCAUUGUGAGUCCUCAGAGGAGCCUGCCCUGCAUGGAAUGCUGAGAGGCAGGAGAUCAGUUCCAGUUCUUCUAGAUCAUGGCCAUGUUUCCACACUUGUUCAGGGUUUUUCAGGAUGAAGAUCGUCUUUAUUGUGCCUGUUAGGGGCUUUUUGUUCUUAGCAAUCAGUUUCAAAACAUAAGUUCACAUUAAUAAUACUAUUAUGAUAUUUAUGUAAAGUUUAAAAAUAACGCAACACAAGCCAUCACAUUCAAGAAAGGCAAAGUAGACAUAAGGCAAAACUCUAUUUUAUAAACUUGAUUAAUAAAAGCUUUUAACAUAGAUGUCAUUACCUGUUUCUUAUAAUGCUUAAACUUAUUAAUUAGCCAAAUCACCAGCACUGUGACUUCUUUGGAGAAGACAUCACCUCAUAAAAUGGAUGUACAGUAUUUCAUGCUUUUGCCCUGAAGGUGGGGUAGGCAGGAUCUGAGAACGUGCCAGUUUUGGGGAGAAAUCUUGGCUUCUAUUGUCUGAUAUUGCAGCACGCUAACUUUGUUUGGGCUCCUGAACGACAUGGGGGAGCAGUGUCUGCCUCACAACCAGUCAGGAUGGGGGAGGCUGAGAAUGGCUUUGUUUACAGUCAGAAAGAGCGGGUUGCUCAAAAAAUUUUAAAUGUUGACUACACAGACAUUAAAAUACACAGCGAUAUCGUUAUAUUUUCAAAUGUCAUCAAUAACUAAUAGCUACUGACUGAUAUUAAAAGAUUUUUUGUUUAUACACCACAUAAAAAGAUGCUUCUUUAACAGAUUCGCGCCUACCCCACCUUUAAUAGCAUUCCUGUCUUGCAUUUAGUUUGCUUUAUGUCAUGUAUUGUAAAACUGCUUUUACCAAAAAGACCACUACUGUAUCCACUACAAUAUAACAGCUCUAAUAUACUUAAAAUACAUUUUUGAAAAGAGAGCUUUCUUGAAGUGCUUCAAUUUGUCAAGACCUCCCUUUAAGAUGACAGUUUGGGUUUGAUAAAAGCGUGCUUACUUGUGCAGUUUAUUCCAACACAGGGGUGAAUGGAGAAAAAAACAAAUAACACAAGUUGAUAUUUUCACCUGCCUGAGUCAUAACUGUCUGGAACAGUGAGGGACUAAUUUUGCUCUAAUUUUCUGCCUUUCUGGUGUUUUUUUUUUUAACACUCUUUUUCUUUGCACAUUUAGGGACAAGACCUCCACUAAUCAAAAAUUUGCCCAAACCCAUCGAGAGUCUAAUGACUCGCUGCUGGUCCAAAGACCCCUCUCAGAGGCCUUCCAUGGAGGAGAUAGUGAAGAUCAUGACUCAUCUAAUGAAGGUAAUCAGUCCAAACACGCUGUUUACCCUCUCUCUGAUAGAAAACACAAAUCACGGAGGGAAGGAUGUAAUGUGAAAACAGAGUCAGGUAAGAACCACUGCAGGUGAAGUUCCAUGCAGCUCUUAUUUUACAGUUUCUUUGGCGCAGCUUGCUGAAAAUGAUCCAUUUCAAACCAACAGUCCUGUUAAGAGUUCCCUUCUUGAAAAUGAUUAAAAGGCAAAUACUACACUGUGUUCUUUUUAUCAGAAAAAUGCAUUUCAUGUUCCUUCACAGCACUUCAGGAGAGGCUGUGAGCUGACCUGAGCUGCUCCAAGAUCAAUGCAAAGUUAAAAAAACUUCUUUUUUUGUUUGUUUUUGCAGUACUUCCCAGACUUUGAUGUACCUCUGCAGUAUCCUUACCAGUAUCCAGACGAGGGACAGAGCAACUCUGCAACUAGUACAGGUAAAAGAGUCAUCUUGUUGUAUUUGGAUUCACCUCUGCAGGAAGCACCCAGCAACACACAGCUGUAAAAGUUAAAUUAUAUUCACAAGAGCAGUCAAUGGAUCCUGAAACACAAAGGCUGAAGCUUUUUCAACCUUCUCAAUCUAUUCCUGAUUCUGAAUUUUUCACCGCGUCUGUUGCUCUUUGAGCUUUGCUCUAAAUAUGAAGUGUGUUACUGAUUAAAUGUGUUAUUAUUAAUAUCAAAAAGGUUCAUAUGUGGACUACACUGGCACCAGCACAAGCAACAAAAGUGAAGUGAACAUGGAGCACAGUGAUUCUCAAGGAAGCAACGACACUAUCAAGAUAACGCCUCAGUUUCCUCCUCACUUCAAGCCAAAGGUAAACCAGCUCUGAAUCAUGAAAAGCAUUAAAGUUGUUGUUGGUAAUAAUAGCUUCUGUAUCAGGAUGAGCCUCUGCACUAAAAGUGUCUUUGCUCUACCAGGGAGACCCUUUGAGAGCUCUCCCUCUGUCCAGAGGGGGCAGCGUUGAGAGUCUGCCUGGACGAACUCAGUGCCUGGCAUCUUCUGACAGCAAACGAAUGAGCGCCGACCUGUCAGAGCUGGAGCACAAAACGCCCUUCGCACCUUCAGGUAACAACAGACAUGAAACAGCACAGAACGUGAAAUGAAGACCCAGACAAACUGGCACGCUCCCAUGUUUUUGAGUAUUUAUAUUUUAUAAGAAGACUUGCACAGGGCAGCAAGGCAUGCAGUGUUACCGUGAAGGAAUGAGGCCCCAUCAUGUCUGUGAGAAGCUCCUCCCCCAGAAUUCAGUGUCAGUAUUUUCCCCAAGUGCUUUAAUCGUCUGAAGAUAUAGUCUGUGAUGACAGAUAAAUCCACCAAGAAGCUCUUAAACACUGGACCAUCAACCAUCUCCUCUCCUGCAGUCUGUGACAGAGUGCAGCAGGCUCAUCAGUGUUGUCAUGGUGACAGUAAAUCUCAGGGACUCUCCAUAUUAAAUGUUCAUUUUAAUGUAGAGUCUAUGAUUCUGGAUAGUUGGUGAAACCCUGCAUUCAAUACAAGACAACUACAAGAUCAAGUUACUCUUUAUUGAUAGGAAUAUUUAAUCCAGGUAGUCAGCUAAUCCAGCUUUUGUAGGGACCCUUUUUACAAUGAUAUAAGGCACUUAAGAUCACAAUAUGAGGCUGUUAUUGGCACCAAAAGCAUUUUUAGUGAACACUCCGAUCUGGAGCUUUAGCACCCGGCAGAUUCCUGCAGAUUACAUCUUAUUAAACGGCUGCAAUCUGCAGGAAUCUGCCGGUGAAAUCAAAACCUUUUCUAUUAGCCAUUAAGACAACAAAAUUUGUUCAGAAAGGCCCCCAUUAAGAAAUCCCAAAGUUUUAAUGAAUAAAGUUUCUGUUAUUGGUGCAUUGCCUGGUUAAACUUUGUGUCUGAACAGCACUGGAACUGAAAGCCUGCUGUUGUUUGUGCUGAGAAACGCAGCGCAGUGGCUGCCCGCGAUGUUUGCAGCGCCUCUCUGCAGCCUCUGGAAUGGAUGCGGUGCAUGCUGCCCCUUGCACGUACCAUGUAUGCUCUGCAUGUGUGUCGCCCCCACAGUUCCAGACGAGCUGUGGGGCCUCUAGUCUGUCUAAAGUCUGCAUGCUUGUUGUGUUCGCAGCUGUACGCGUGAGUGUGUAUGUGUGUGUGUGUUUUCGCAGCGCAUCCCCAGUUUAAACGAGGCCACCGUAAAACGGCAUCAUUCGGCACCAUUCUGGAUGUCCCCAAGAUCGUCGUCACAGGUAUCACUGGACCACUGGGCUUCCUGGUGACUGGGUGGAGCUGGCUUGGCUGAACCCGUGGGGCUGCAGUGCUCUGAUAUGACCCUCUGAUGUGUUUCACCUUAGUUGUUUGAGGUCUUAAAGUGUUUUCAGACUAAAAAAUAAAGCUAACUGUUUUGAUUCUUGGCCGAUACGUCUCGAAGUCGCUGGUCAUUAUUGAGCAUGAACUCUUCAGUCGUAACAUAAGACAUAGAAUAUAAGGACCAUUCAGAAAGGAAACAUUUGCUUGUGUUCUUCUCUAAACAGACCUGCUGGGAAGGACUUAAGAAAUUGAUUUAAAAUGCAAAAAACUGUAUUUUCAAACAUGCAACUGUGAAAAACUAUCACAUUCUACAAUCCCAAUUAAAACAGCUCUAAUGAUAAUGUACCUCCACACACAAACAUCUUAAUCACAAUGGAAUAUUAAGGCUGGAAAAUCCUUGAUAAUGAUGGUGAAUGAGGCUCAGAUUUUCCCAGGUCAUGUUUACAACUCUUAACAAAAAUUCCCUUUCUUACUUUUGGUCUGAACACAACUUUAGGACAGUCUAUGAGAAAAAAGGUAUAUAAAAGGUAUAACACAUUUCAGAGGUGUCUAAUGUCUCUCUGUCUUCUGUGGUUCUCAGUUGGCAUGCAGAACAUGAGUUAAUACUCUCAUCUUGUGUCUCCUUAUGUCCCUCAAAUCUGGUCCCAACUAAGAUUUAUCUAGAGCCAAUGAGCUUGUUCAUUAUCUCUGUCAAUAACAACAAAUCUAUCAAAAAGUCCAGUCAUGAAAUCAUAAUUGAUGAGGUGACACAGAUGAGAUACGUUCCUAACUCAUGGCCCUGUCCUCUCUGUCAUCUAUCUGGCUUGGCUGCAGCACAUCAUGGGGAGGGGGCUAAAAUCCGAGCACCACCUCUACGCAUCUGAGCUCGUCCUUGCCUUUCAUGCUUCGAGGACGUAGAGUAAAGCAUGGCUAAUUUUUUUUUCUCUCCCUCUUGCUCUCUUUACAUCCAUUAACUUUGAAAAAGUCAUUUUGAUUAAUUUCUCUCACAUCGAGGGUCAGAGCUAUUAUUAUGAGCAGAGAUACGGGUGAGAGGAAUGAGGGGGGGGCAGCUCUGGAUGUCAGAAAAGACUGCUGUUCUGGAGAGGCGGUGAAUGAGUGGCUUAUUUAAUACAGUGACUCAGACAGUCAGUCUGUGAGUGUUAUUGAAGGUCGGACACUUGUCAUUGCAUACGCACACCUGGACACCAGGCCUCCUCUAUGCCUCAUCAAUCAGCUGUGGUUAUCAGGUCAGAGUGUAAUGCUGCACAAAACAACAAUAUGCAUAUGCAUCAUCAGACAAUCCAGUUUUAGUCUUAUUUCAACAGGAAAUGAUCGCUCAAAAGUUGCUCUAUGUAAACAUUGAUAUAUUGACCAUAGAAUGAAUAAACCAAUAUGUUGGUAAUGCUAGCAUUGUAAAAAAGAAAGACCAAUAAUACAUAAAUAACCUCAGGUAACUUGUUAUUUUUUAAGAUUUUACGCUUAUCAGCCAAAGGUUCAUGAAUUCUGUAUACAUUUACAGACUAAUUUUACAUGAUGGCUUUUUUUUAAUAGCCAUAAAUGCAAUCCUGGAGGCAGAUAAAUGUGUAGCACUUGACCCAAAACCAUCUUUAUGAAUAUUAGUGUGUCACAUCUCAUUAAACUUUGCCAUAUUGUGUCUCAUUGUGUCACAUGGCACCAAAACGUAGCAUAUAAUAUUAUUUAAUAUAUCUAAUAAAACUGUAUCUUAUUGUUUUGAUGCAAAAACUGGCCAUUUUCUUCUGUGUGCAUCACAAACACCCCAGAAACCACUUUUGUUACAAGUAGAGUACCUCGCUUUCAUCAGAUGUAGUAUACUUAAAAAGAAAAAGCAAAAGGAAAAAGCAUCCUGCCCCCAAGACAGAAAAGAUGCCAAAAUAAAAGCAUGUUUAACAAUCACUUCAUGAGACAGUGUCCUCUCCUGAGAGCUUUCAGUCACAGUGCUAGUGAUGCGGAUAAACUAUAAACAUGAACGUCAUUAGAAAAUGGAUAAUGACAUUUAACUUUAUUAUUAUAUCCUUUAUUUGACCAGGUUUAUGACAGUGAGAUCUGAGAUGUCUGGCAAGAGAAACCCGGCCAAGAAUGACAGCACAUAAAGUUUCAACACAUACUAAACUGUGUUUAUUAGUAAAGUUUACGAAGUGAUGUGUUUAUCGUACAUCCACGGGUGUCGAGAGCAGCUGCAGACCUAGUGCUUGAUUCUACGUUGGCUGUAUUGAGGUUCAUUUUUUAGCAGAAAGUCUGUAAUAAAGUUUAUCCAUCUAUAGAAAAAAAUCCACAUAUUAUACAAAACCACUGUGACUGCUGUGAUUAUACAUUAGAAUACAUGUUUCUAAGUAAUAGUGGUUUGGGGAUGGAAAUGCGUAGGAUAAAAACUUUAAACUUAUUUAAAAAGCAGAUGAAGUUGGUAAAAUUGAUAAACGGUAGAAGCUUAAACUCAGUAAGCUUUUCAGUUUACUGCAGUCCUCUGUGUUCCCUAUGGUGUGUGCUGUUUGUUUACACGUGUGUUGUGUUUUCAUUGUGCCAUAGAUGGAGAUUGUAAUCUGUGUAGGGCAGAUGAUUCCAGUUGCUGUUUUCUUUAAUGUAUUUUUUGUCGGAUGCAUAAACAAAGUUUAAUAGUAAGCCGUUCCUGUGGAGUAAAGUUUAAAGAAGUUAGUGGUAGAGUUCUCCCUCAGCCAGAGCCGAUGUAGUCAGCUAGACCCUUGAAGAGUUUGAAACCAAUGCAGCUGUCCCGGUGUUGUUCACUUUGUGUGAGAAUAUCCCUUAAAAAAAAACAGCCUCCUACAUCUCUGUCCACAAACUCUGUUCAGUCUCACUCGGAUUUCUUUUUGUCUAUCCCGUCUACAGCAACAUGUGAGCCUCAGAGACGCCGGUCUGUUCAGGAUCUGCCAGGCAUCGGGACAGAGUCCAGCCAGGUAAGACAUAUAGACACACAAAGAUGGGUAAGCUGUAGAGUUUUGGUCACGGUUGUGCAGAGCUGAUAUUAGUCAAGUUUUGUUUUUUUGGCCAAGACAUACAGAGAAGCUUAUUUACACCCACAGUUUAGUUUAUCCAUCCAUCCAUACCUCAUUUAUUGUAAUGGGGUGUGCUCCACUUGUUUUUGCUCUCCAUACCAACUGUUUUUCCUGUAUACCUGCACAACAAACGUACUGCAGAUGAAAACCCGAGCACUUCUCACCCUGAAAUCCUGGCCUUGUUUUAAAGCCCGUCUCUAACUCUAGUGAUGGGAAGUUUAAGUGAAACCCGGUGCAUUUUAGAGUCCAAUCAUUGAGUAAUAUAUGAUAUAUGGGCGUGUCUGUCAGUGGAAGGACUUCUUCUCUUAGGUACCCUCCAGAGCAUAAAGCCAUCACGAGGCAGCAGGCAUCUCUGAGAGGCUUGCGUUUGUUCCUGUAGGUUCAGCUGUCAGUUCAGUUUAAACAUUACCACCCACCAGACUAAAGGGACAGUCCUAAAAAAACUCUCAACUCUUUUUGACCGUAUUUUUGACUUUGCAUAAAGGGUCUUGAUUAUUUCAUAUAUGGGCUCAUAAACGGCCAUGAUUUGGCUUUCUGAUGUGUACUUAAUGUUGGGUUAAUGAUGCAAUAAUUAUCAUUCAAAGUAAUCAACUCUUUUAACUACAAAUGAAAAGUUGAACUCCCUAUCACCCCAACCACAGGGCUUUAUUUCUGCUCUGAGUGUAAAACAUGUUUUUAACUCGCUGCUGUGAAGCCUGUUCGAUGUUUGACUGAUGUCGCCUGCUUUCAAACACAUUCGAUUCGUUCUUCGUCAGGAGAGAGAAAUCCACGGGGGAGAAAUGUCACAGAAUAUGACGCGUGUUUGAUAUGUCAGCUCUGAGAAGAUGAAGACACAUGAGUGUAGACCAGCUCGGCGCUCUCUCUCUCCUCAAACACGCAGCUUCAAACCUGUGUUUUUUUUUUUAGACUCGCAGUGUUUCUCCUUGCUUUCCACAAACACUUGUCUCGGUUUGUUUGGUGUUAAACCUGCUGCUCCGUGCAGUCAGAGUUCAUCCAGAGUUUAAGAUAAAGACUGAACACAAAUAAUGCUGCUGGAGAGGAUAAAUAAAUCUGGGAGAUGUAGCUGCCCUGCAGGUUCACAGAGCUGUGACAGAGUCGUUGAUCAUGGAGCAUUUGAUUUACAUCCAGGGAACUACAAAGAUACUCCGAGACAUUUAAUAUCUGCAACGUUUCAUUCACCGUGCUUCUCCUGCUGUUUUCUUUGACUGCUGCAAACUAAACUUGCAUUUUAGACUUUUAACCCCUCUACAUUUCACAGUGUUCCCUGCCAUCUCCCUUGUUUUCUGCUCUCUCCACUCUCUUCUAUGUGUCUGAAUUUGCAGGCGUGGUUGAAUUUGAAUUUUGUUGUGAUCACAGUAUUGCAGAUUCCUGGAUAAGUAUUGUAUGUCCUGCAAAUCCACACACUUUAUGCCCUUAAAAAUAAAGGAUUUAUUUUCUGCUCUCAUCAUUAAAAUUUCUGCAGUGACACGCUGUAAACUUACCAAACCAGGUUUCAAAAUGUCCUCUCAGUGUUGAUCAUUUAUGAGGUUUUUGCAGGGAGCUGAGUCACCCCCAGGGGCCUCCUCCUCCUACUCCUCCUCUUUACAGUUAAUACUCCAGCGGUUAUUGUAACAAGUGAUCCACCACAAAGAAGCAGUUGAAGCUUUAAAUUAUUCUUACAGGGCUUCAGAUGCUGAAAAACUUUAGCUCAAUUGUAACUUAAUAAAGAGGUCGUACAAGAUAAAUUUCUCAUUGAAAAACAUGAGAAGUGACUGAAAAUGUUCAGAAUGUGAACGAUUGAGAAUGUUAAAUAUGUGUCUGGCAGCCAGAGCUGGAAAACUUUAACUUUUUUUUUUUUGUGGCUCAAAUGUAGGGCCCAACCGAGGGGGGCUGAUGCUGAUACUGAUUAUUAGGGAGGAAAAAAAUCAAUUACCGAUUAAUCUGACAAUUUUUAAAAAAUUUUAUGAAGUUACAAAAACUAAAAAUAUACUGUAGAUAUCUAUAGUAUACUAUAUACUGUAGUUAUACUGUAGGGUACUGCUCUUUACGCUGACAGGAAGACUGAUCAAACUUAGACCAGAAAAGCGUUUUCAACUACACCCUCUAACCGCCGCUACUGCCGAUCGGUGCCUCCGCGUCUUAACUCACGUUACUCAUUUCCGGUCCGUUCUCAUCUGGAGACAGUAAGAGAAGUAGCUCGAUCACGUAAUGUGUACUGUUGUUUAUUCUACUGUUGCUGGCACAGCUAACAGUGUAGCAAGGCUAAUAGCAGGUGGCUAACUCUAACUUUAGCUUGCAUAUUACAUGGGGCUUCACCGUCAACCACUGUUUAUUUACCGUUGAGGCGGACCACUCUCCUCCGUUCGUCCCUGAGCUGCCUGCUUCAGAUCCGUCACUCUGCUGUGCUGUGAGGUAGUUAGUGGAUGAAGAUUGUCAUGAGGUCGCUGCGCCAUCUACAGGAUAAGUUGGGGAACUUUUCAAAUGGUGGAACAUUUUCGAAGUGAAACUGAAUCUUACUCUUUGCAUUUUAUAUCUGAAAAUAUCGGCGAAAAUCUGCGAGUUUUGGCCGAUUACGGAUUAGUCUCAAACGGGCUAAAAUUGGGCCCUACUCAAAUGUGUCUCAUGUAAACAUGGGUACGAGGCAAAGCUUCAAUAAAACCGCCAAAUCGGAUGUAAAUUUAAAAAGGUAAAUGCGAGGGCAGGUUUUCUCCGGUGAUUUACAGUUUUUAUUUAUUUUUCUUGCAGGGGAGCAGGAACAGCAGCCGGUCCUCCAGUCCCAGCGUGAGGAUGAUGCCUCCUGACAAGCCGAGCAGCAGGGGUUACUUCUCCCCUGAUGAUCCAACAGGUCUGAAUGCAGCUACAAACUCAUGCAGAGUGGACCAAACAAAAAAAUAUCAAACUUGAAACAUGAAAAGGAAAAGUGUUUGACGCUCAGAUUAUUCAGUGUAGUCGGACAGAAAGUGGCUUUACCUUCUACUGCACAAGAAUAAAUAAUUGAAAGUGUACAUAAGGCACAAGAGCGGCUGACAUGUUUUUACAGGAUUGAACACAGCGGCUGUAACAGCAUCAGUUCCAUUGUGGUCAGGCGCUGUAAAUCUAUGAGGCUCCACUGGAGACUGUGUGUUAAGUGUAAAUCGGUGGUUUUUAUUGACUGUGCUCAGCUCCAGCAGACGGGUUGUUUGUUUUGUUUCUGUUUUUUUCUUGUUGAUUGAUCUGUUGGUGCGCAGUCAUAAAAAAAAACCGACUUGCUCGCUCUUUCCUCUCAGACACAAACGGCUCAGACAACUCCAUUCCCAUGGCGUACCUGACCCUGGAUCACCAGCUGCAGGUACAACGAGCCAAUCCGCAUCUGUGUAUCUUUCUUUUCAAACCUGAAAUGGAAGAGUAUGUGAUUUAUUAACAGGAUUUUUAAGGGAAUUAUCACAUCACGGUGUCAUUGAAAUGUAAAAACAUGUCCACAUUUGCAACUUUAAAGUCAGCUAAGACUGUACUUUCUUUAUUUACAGCCCCUCGCCCCCUGUCCAAACUCCAAAGAGUCGAUGGCGGUGUUCGAGCAGCACUGUAAGAUGGCUCAGGAAUACCUAAAAGUGCAAACAGAGAUCGCCCUGCUCAUCCAGAGGAAGUAAGUCCGGCUACCCAAAGCUUCCAUCAAGUCCUUACCAGGGAUCCAGCUUUUCAAGUCCCAAUCUAAUAAUUUGAGGUUAAAUAAUAAUAAUAAUAAUAAUAAUAAUAAUAAUAGAUUUUAUUUAUUACGCACUUCACAUUUAAAAACAAAUCUCAAAGUGCACAAGACAACAGUAAUAGUAAAAACCAAGCAACAAUAAAAAAAAAAAAAACAGUCAACAUAAAAAAACAGUCAGCAGAUAAAAUCAGAUAAAAUUAGUCCAGGUAGGCUUUCCGAAAGAGAAAGGUUUUGAGUCCUUUUUUAGAAGCAUCCACCGACUGUGGAGCCCUGAGGUGAUCGGGGAGGGCGUUCCACAGAUAAAGAAAAGUGAAACAUUGCAGAUGGAAACAACCUUGAUUUAGCUUUCAAGGAUUUACUUUUGAGGAAUUUUUAGGAUUUACAUUUCGUUUCAUCUCGUCUCGUCUGUGUCGUGCAGGAAAGAGCUGAUCGCCGAGCUGGACCAGGAUGAGAAGGACCAGCAGAACACGUCCCGUCUGGUUCAGGAGCACAAGAAGCUAAUGGAGGAGAACAAGAGUCUGUCCACAUACUACCAGAAGUGCAAAAAACAGCUGGAGCUGAUCCGAGUGCAGCAACAGAAGAGACAGGGCACGUCCUGAUGAGACAGAGACACCAGAACUGCUGCCACCAUCCCCUCUCUUCUCUCCUCUUCCUCCUCCUCCACCUUACUGUAACACUACCGACACACAAACACACACACACCAACUCUGACCCAGCUUUGUAAAGAGACCUGCACUCUACUGUGUCCUGCAUGUCCCACCAUAGACCCUCACGUCUGUCCAGCAGGAAGAUGAUGUCCUCUGAACAUUUGCACAUCGUCACAGAGCUUCCUGUGACCGCAGACCAAACAAUCACUGCACCCCCUCCUCUCGACGACCCCUCACCCCUGACCCUGCUGCUGUGCCCCGGGACGGACCCUCGGACAAUAUGAGUGUGUGUUCUCCUCUCUUUGCUCAGUGUGUGUCCUCUCCUCAGCAGCUCACAGACACACUGUCCUUCAGAAUGUGAAAAAAAUAGGCGUCUCAGUGCAAAAGUGUGAAUCGUGUGCGGACUUUUCUGAGAGCGGCGAGGAUGUUUCUGCAGCGCGUGUGAGCGUGGAAUCCCCGAUAUGCAAAACACACACACCCCUUAAAUAUUUAUCUUUAACUUUAUUCUUUUCAGAUCAUGAGCAUGAGACACGUUUUCUUCAGGUGUUCGAUUCAUUCAGUUCAGGCAGGGAUGGACUUCAUGUCAUAGCUAAAGGAACAACUCAGAGUUUGACUAAACAAGGAUGCAGACUUUAGGGGAAAAUUCCUCAAGUUUCAAACCUGCAGCGUUGCUUUUACUUUUCUCGGGUCUUACUGGCUAAUUUUUACAAAAAAGUUGUGAAGAUGCUUUUUAUAGAUUGUUUCAGCCAGCAGCUGUGAAACAGGCUGCAAUGCAACCCUCAGAGGCACAAACUACAUCCACUGAUAGACCCAGAUUUUUACUCCUUCAGUCUGACCAGAAUAAAGCUUUUGCAUUGCUCUUUUUAGAGCCGCCAAACAACGGCGAUUUAACCUUUCAGGACACAAAAGUUGUUGGUCUGCUGUUGCUUCUAUGCAUAUGUUUGUGUUGUUUAGUGAUUUUGGCUUUAAAAUGGUUUUAAAACGAUAUCUGUGAAACACAACCCCACAAAAAAACCAACUUAUCAGGCAGCGACAGAAGUGUAAUUUUAAUGUGUGUGUAAUUUGAUUCUUUAGAUUUAUCCAGAUUAGGCCAAAAAAAUGAUCACGAUAUAUUUUGUCAUAUCGUCCGAUGUCGAUUAUUGUCACAAUUUUUUUUUUAAACUACCAGUUUUAAAGCAUUAGUUCAACAUUUUAUUAACAAACAAUAAGAAUAAGAUACACUUUGAAAAAUAUAAAAACCAUUUUAACUCAACAGUACAACAAAUGUAGAUAAAUACUAAAUCAACAAAUCGCCCCCUCAGAGGUAAUGAAGAUGCCUUGAAAUGUAAACAUUAGAUGAUUUAAACAUAGAUGAUACGAUUGAUCAUCACAGCUGAUCACCGUGAUCGAACUGAAAUUUAUUUCGAUCAUGAUCAUAUAACCGCCCAGUCCUAAUCCAGAUACUCUUCGGAAAAGCUGGAAACCCUUUGCUUGCUGUUGAUGACGGUGGCUGUGGGGUUUCAAAAAUAUCCCAAUCCUGAGGGCGUUUUUAAAAGUUACGAUUUGAGGUCGGCUAAAACAACGUAAUGUUCCGUUAUCAGGAGAAAGUGGUCUUUGUUAUGUUAAGAUAACGAGAUAAGAAGUUGUUUUCACGAGAUAACAGUGCAUAAAAAAAGGAAAAUCCAUGGCUGUUCUCGUCUUCGGUAGAAUAAAGCAAUAGUUUGUGGAUUAAAAAAAAGAUUUAAAUUUGGGUGACCAUACUUCCUCUUUUACCCGGUUAUGUCCUCUUGUUUGGGGGCUUGUCUGGCCUUGUCCGGGGGAGUUUAUAAAAUCCUUCAAAUGUCCAUGGUUUUGUAUGGAAGGUUUGAGUUUGUGUCGCAUGGACUAACUGAGUUAGAAGCUAUUAAAACAGACCUGAGAAACGUUCAAAAUUGACUACCCGUGACUCCGCCCCCUGUAGUAGUGUCCUCUUUUUGGGGAUUCAGAAUAUGGUCACCCAGUUCCGAAACAGCAUCCACAGCCUGUUCCACAGUUCCAUGUUGGAGCAAGUCUAAAAAGAUUUGUACCUUUUAGUCAGUAAGACCCUAAGCGUGUGAAAAGAAAAGGAUGCAGGUUAAAAAAUUAUGGAAUAACCCUUUAAUAACUCCAUGAAAAAAAAAAAAGACAUGUCAAUCUUGGGGAGCAUAUGCAGGGGGCCGUGGUGGAUUCCCUUUCAUUUUGACUCCAGUAUUGUUUUUGUGUGUCGAUGUUUUCUGUCUUUUCUAUUGGGUAGUUCUCCGUACGAUAGCUCUCGUGUCAUUUCUGCUUUAGGACUUAUUUUAUCUGGUGUGGCUCUGCCCUCACGGACAACACAGAGGAGCCUGUAGCUCCCUCUUCAGUAUCUAGUUUGUUUUUAGUUCACAUGUUGCCUUAGAAGUUGCCUGCAUUUUAAGUGCUUGUUUUAUGUGACAUUUAGUGGGGGUAAAAGUUUAAAAAUAAAAGAACAAAAAGAUAUUUUUAAUGUAAUGAACAUUGAAUGAAUUCUUUCCUGAGGGGAGCAGGAAGGAUGUAUGCUUAAAAUGUAAAUGUUUUCCCACCAGCUCUGCAUCCAAAAUGUACUCUAAAAGAAGGAUUGGAUGUUAUAUUUGUCUUUGUUUCUCGGUCUCAUAUCCCUCGAGUAUUUUUGCACAAUCACUUUUGUUCCGUCGGGUCAUGUUUCAGAUUUUAUUUUUCAUUUUAGCGUCUCUGAUUUUAAAAGUGAGAGACUUGACGAGUCUGACUUUUAAAAACCUGUUACUGUACGGGAGUUACCCUCCUCAUGAGUUUCUGUUCACUUAGAGUUAGUUUACCAAAUACACACACACAAACACACGCACUGUUAAUUUAGUGUUUUCUCAGUGAAUGGGAGCCCAGGUACAGUACAUGACAGUGAGUAAGGCAUUAUGAAAUAAAGUGAAUGGUGAAAAGAGGCUCUUCUUCAUGUGUGAAUGUUUAUAAAAUUGGUGUUUUAUGAAUUAUUGUUACAGUUUUUAAUGCUUC